AUGUCCCAUCAGCCCUCAACCACCGAACAACUCAAAAACACCGCCUCCUCAACCUACGACGCCGUUGCCUCAAGAAUCGCCCCCGAGGAGAAAAAUCCAGGCUAUGAUCCCGACAAAGAUACACAGAAUUUCAAAAAAGACGAGCAUGGGAAUACGGUGAAGAAGGGGGGUUACAAGGACAAGUUGAACGAAGCUGCCAUGGGAGGGGAGACGAACGAGGAGGGCUUGGUAGACAAAGGUUCGGUGUCCCCCAUAAUAGCCUCUUCCAAGCUCAGGGAAAUGGGCGAGGUGUGUUCCUAUAUCCCAGGCAUAAGCACAUUACAACAAGCCGCUUUCGAGCAAGGACCUCCUACAGAAGGAAAGGAGAGCAGUGGACCGCCGAAUAGACCGGAUCACGAUGUGCAGGUGGAAGAAUUUCUGAGGAAACAGUAUCAUAGUAAGAGUGGAGACGGUAUGCCGGACUUGGAUAAGAAUGGUGGGAAUUGA